CUCAAUACAAGUUUAUUGCCAACUUUAUUUCUCCAUGCGGCGCAACUCUGUUGACACGUGAUGUUGAAAUGUGCUGUUUCUGGAAGUCUUCCCCAAGCUUGUGGAAACCCACCGGUACCAUACAAAACGAGGCUUCAAAGCAUUGUGAUGCGCGCCAAUACCACGUCGACGGCUAUGUGCCUAGUUCGCAUCUACCCGUUCAAAAUGCGGAGUAGCGAGGUGACCACAAUACCACGUCGGGGAAAUCGGAGCCUGUAUAACCGUCGCAGAACCUGGGGUAGAAAGUUUGGGGUAUAAAUGACCAGAUGGAUCGGUAUUGUCACGAUACUUUUUUGGCCAGUGUUCCUUGGAUUGACCACUCUACUCAGGUCUUGUAGGCCUAAACAGCAAGAAUGAAGGUUUCAACUUGGGCUGCUGGUCUCAUUGGCAGCCUCCUCUCUACUAUUGUGUGCGCCAGUCCGACGCCGACGAUCGACAACCGAGCAGUGACAGUAGUGUCCAAUAAAGUCAUCUUCUCGCCGCCCUCCAACGCAGGCUGGACCGACCCCCGCGUCCUUUACGCCCGCGCCCUCCCCCUAAGCUCGGGCUACCUCCUCUCGACCUGGGAGAACUACUCGCCCGAGCCGCCCCUCGUCUACUUCCCUGUAUACCGCUCGACGGACAACGGGGCUUCCUGGACCCAGAUCGGAAAGGUGCAGGACACGGUCAACGGCUGGGGCCUGCGCUACCAGCCCUCCCUCUACGAGCUGCCCCAGGCCGUCGGCAAGUUCGCAAAGGGCACCAUCCUCGCCGCCGGCAACAGCAUCCCCACGGAUCUCAGCAAGACCAAGAUCGACGUCUACGCGAGCACGGACGGCGGUGCCACCUGGAAGUUCGUCAGCUCCGUGGCUACGGGCGGAGAGGCCAGGCCAAACAAUGGGUUAACGCCUGUUUGGGAACCGCUGUUGAUGGUCUACAACAACCAGCUCGUGUGCUACUACUCAGACCAGCGCGACACGGCCUACGGCCAGAAGCUUGUGCACCAGACGACCACGGACCUGGUGUCGUGGUCGGCCACCACGGACGACGUGCAUGACGCGUCCAACUACGCGGCGCGCCCCGGCAUGCCGGCCGUGGCCAAGCUGCCCGGCGGCAGCUACAUCUUCGCCUACGAGCAGUGCGGCACCGACGGCUGCCGCGUCCACUACCGCCUGGCCGCCGACCCGCUCGCCGUGCUCGGCGCGCCCAGCUAUACGCUCAAGAGUACGGCGGGCAAUUAUGGCACUAGUAGCCCUUCUGUAGUCUGGUCUAGUGUCGGAGGGGCCAAUGGGACUAUUGUGCUGAGUGUAGGGAGUUCAGGGAAUGUCUUUACGAACCGUAAGCUGGGAGACCCCAGCUCGUGGGUCGAGUAUGCGACGCCGCAGCCUGGUGCGUAUAGUCGCGGUCUGGCUCUGCAGAAGAGCGAUGAUGCGGGCUUGAUACUCAUUGGGGCCGGGGCGCUGCCGCCGAGCUCGACGAAUCAGGUCAGCGUUAGUGUGGUCAACCUGAAGACUCUGCUUGGAGUUUGAGACAAAGGAGAGGCCGCCUCGGUAUGGCUCGUAUUACAUGGGUUUGAGGACAUGACCACGCGGGCUGUAUGUAUGCGGGUUGAGCUUGAUAAUACUGUCAAUUUUGUGACCAGGUAAAUUUUAUUAUCUCGUACCAAAAUAAUAUUCUAGUUGUGACAUUUGUACACGAU